CGUUAUCAGCAUUAAAAGUACUAACGAUUUAAAAAGGUGCCCGCUAAACUAAAUUUGUACCACUACUAUAAAGUUAUUACUUAUAAGUAUAAGUACUUAUAAGUUAUAACUUUAUAGUAGUAGUCACUCAACUAAGGUGAUAAGUGAUAACAGAAUAAACUGAGGACUAAUGUGUUGAUAUUUGAUAAGCUGCAAGCAGACUGCAGCAUUUUUAAAUUUUGGGAUAAAUAUUGAUUUUUGUUGACGUUUGGCUUUGAUUAGACGUAAUUUUUUGUUAAUAGUUAAUACCAUUGUUAUUUUAAUAAUAAUCGUUACUUUUUUGUUACCUAAUGUGUUAAAAGGCAGUUACAAUAAAAAUAUUAUUUGUGUAUUGCUCAAUUGUUGCACAACACUUUAAACAAGAGAAUGAAGUUAUCAAAACGAAUUUCAUUUUUAUAAUGCAUACAAUUAUCGUUAAUUAGUUGCAUGAUCCAUAAAGUAAGUUAAAAAAAUUCAAAUUUUAAAUGGGUGCCAAAGGAAGUAAGGGUCCACGUUUGCCAAAGUUGCAUACUGAAGAAUGUGAUGCUAUUGAUCAUUUAAUGAACUUCAACGACCAUGUUCAUGUGGAUUAUUUAAUGAGUAAAUGGAAACCUUUAUUGACUGAUAACAUGACACAACAUAUUAAACAUUGGUUUGUUUCAAACAAACUAGAUAGAUCAGAUAUUAUACAUAUAUAUCAAUCUUUUGCGCUAAAUGAAAUUUACCAAGAAAAUUAUCAUGGCCUAAUUAAGAAAAUAUUUUCAAAGUCAAAUGUUCGACAGUAUACAAUUGAUUUGAUUGAAACAUUAAUAAUUUGUUUAAAAUCUACUGAUGAGUAUGCACAUUGGAUACGGAUUAAUGCAAAAGCAAGAGCAAUACCACAAUUAAGUUUACAAUUUUCUAAUGAAUCUUUGUCUUCAAGCUUAGAUACUUGGUUGCAAAAUGAAACAUACUACGGUUUAAUGCAUAGAAUAUUAAUCACUACACUUUAUGGUGUACCAAAGAAUCAUAAUUUGUUCCCGGCUGUGAUAAUAAAUAAAAAAUUCAAUAGAUCAUUUAAAACUAUAUUAGAUUUUGGAUGGAUAAUGUUUAUUGUUAAACAUUUACCAGUAGAUUGUCAAAAAAGUUGGCGUUUAUUAUAUUCAUCUUGUUCACAUGGAGAAAGUUUUCAAGCAUUAAGCACAGCAAUAGUUGAUCAGGGAUGCACAAUUUUUAUUGUAAAAGAUACUGAUGGUAAUAUUUUUGGUGGUUAUGCUUCACAACCAUGGUUCUUGAAACCAACAUUUUAUGGAGAUUCUGCAUGUUUUUUAUUUACAUUAUUUCCAAAUUUCAAUUGCUGUGUAGCAAGUGGGCAUAACGACCAUUUUAUGUACAUGAAUAAUGGUCAAUAUACCCUACCUAAUGGUAUAGGUAUGGGGGGACAGAUGAAUUAUUGGGGUCUAUGGCUGGAUUCUGAAUAUGGAAAAGGCCAGUGCAAUGUCUCAUGCUCAACAUUUACAGAUUAUUCAAUGCCAACAAGAGAAAAAGAUUUUCGCAUUGCGUCUCUAGAAGUGUGGUGUGUAAAAGAAAAGAUAAAUGAUGAAAGCGAUGAAGAAGAAAGAAAGGUACCCACAAAUACAGAUAAGUGGGACAUGAAAUUAUUAGAAAUGGCCGGUAGACCAAAAUAUACUGAUAAUCUUAAAGACGAUGAAGAAAAUCCAUACUAAUAAUACAUUUAAUUAAACUUAAUACUUAUUGAAAAUUAAUUAAUGCUUUUCUUUAUUAAAAUGUAUUUUGUAGACUAAAACUAUAAUUAAUUUAUAAACACAUCCUCAGUUGUUUUUAUUUAAAAAAAAAAAUUUCAAUGUACGCUUUUAUUUAAAUUUUACUAUAUUAAAGUAAAAAACCAAAACUGGGUUAGUUUUUAAGCAUAAAAUAGUAUCCUACUCUAGGUUAUUAGCUUUGAUAUAAAGUCAGUAAGGUAUCCAUUUAAGUUCAAACUCUUACCUUAAAAAUAUACUUAUGUAGUGUCCAUUAGUGUUUUGCACAAAUAACAAUUUUUAUUUAAGAGUUAUUGUACCCACCCCACAACUCUUCAGGUCUUUAACUUGUUUGAUUAAUUUAAUCUCUAUUCUAUAAAGCCUGUGUUGAACGAGAAAUACCUACUAGUGUUAGAAAUACAAAAUUAUAUUAUUAAAACACUAUAAUCCUACAUUUCAAAGAUUGAAAUUCAAAAUGUUUAAAUGAGUAAAAAUAUAGUUUUUAGAGAUCUUUAAAGUCUUCUUUGUUUAUGACUGUAGUGAAAAUAUAUUAAAUUAUAUAUUUAUUAUUCAAAGAGCUACUACUGAUGAUUAUCUUUUUUCAUAUAAUAGUACAUAGUUUUAAAACUAUAAAAUAAAAAGCCAUUACAGCAGGGUUGGAGCGUGGGAGGUUACAGGUCUACAUGGAUUAAUACAACUGAAAGUUUAAAUCACUUUAAAUUAACAGCUUUGAUGCAAAUCUGUAAUGGUAAAUAAACAAAUACCUAUUAAUAAAUGCAUUAUACCUAACAACAAUAAUGUGCUUAAAAAUAUAUUAAUACAAAGCAUGUCUAUAAUAAUUUAUUGUCAUAGUUAACUAACCUAACCUAACCCGUAUUUAAAAAAAAAAAAAUUGGAUCGUAGUAAUUUUAUGUUGAAUAAAUAUGUACAUGGGCCAUUUUCUAGAUUUUGAAGGGAAUAGGGUAAAUUUUUGUCUACUAAAGUACCUUAUAGGUACGAUUUCUAAUCUAUAGAGUUACUACAUGAAGAAAUGUAUUCAGCAGUUUAAAAGAUAUUGUUGUUCCAAAAACAAAAAAAAACACAUCAUUGUAAAUCUCAGCUUUGCAUUAAAGAUAAUACGUGUCAAAUUUUUACAUAUUAUAAGUUUCCUUCGCCAAAUUAAGGACUAAACGUGAUCUUAUUUAUA